AUGACAUACGAGUUCACCGCCACAACCUUUACAAAAACUUCCCGGCUUCCAUUCAAGAUUCAGCGACUUGAUGGCACUUCUUUCGUUCGGUCUAGAUCCUGGAACCAUGAGCGCAUCACCAAUGAGGCUAAAGCCUUGAAACUAGUCUUGCAGCAGACAUCAGUACCUGUUCCGCGACUGCUAGACUAUGGCACCUAUCCAGAUGGUCGGAGAUAUUUGACCACUGAGUUCAUUGAAGGCUCACGUCUGGACACCUUUCCUGCCCGACAUUGCUCAAAGCCAGAGGGACAGAAGCAUACAAUAGCCUCUGUGGAUAGGGAAGGGAUGCUGGAAGACUCUGCUUCUAAGCUGCCUGAGUAUGUCUUUCAACACGGCGAUAUUGCUGCCCAAAACAUCAUAAUGGAUUCGCAGACACUACAGGUCAAGGCCUUGAUUGAUCUUGAAUAUGCUGGAUUUUAUCCACCACAGAUGGAAAAUUGGCCUGGAACACUUUGUCCAGAUACAUACAAUAGGCAUGGCGAAAAAAUAGGCCAUCUAAGACGGCGGUUCCUUGCUACAGAGUAUUUGAAAUGUUACGACAAGUGGAGCAACAAAGCAGAGUUACACGAGUUGAUUGAUCUUCGUGGACCAAAUAGCGAGAGUGAACAGAAGGCUGCUGCAAAGACUGUCAUCAUCCCAAGCGAGAUGAAUAAAGACCAUGGUCUAGUCGAUAAUCCUAUAAACUAG